AUGCCGGAGAUCUUCACUGUAUCCCCCAAGUUAAAAAUUAUCAAAAACACGGAAUGUGAUAUCAUUGAAAAGGCCUUGAAACGCUAUAUCAAGAUCCUGAAUUUGCAUAAGCCCAGUAUACGGGUCAAGAAGACAAAGAAGGAGGAUUCGCCUGAGAUUACGUCGUUGAACGUGUUGGUGUCAAAGGAUUUUUGUCCAGAACAUCCGGUUUUGGGCAUGGACGAAAGCUAUGUAUUGCGAGCUAAUCAGAGUGAAGUUAUCAUCGAAGCCGACGAGGUCUGGGGAGCUCUCCGGGGACUCGAAACCUUUUCUCAAUUAUUCUACUACAACGGUACAAGGCAAUAUUUCCAGUCGGCGUACGUUAAGGAUUCGCCAAGAUUCCCGCAUCGUGGCCUACUCCUCGAUACCUCACGCCAUUACUUUUCCCUAAAAGUCAUCAAGGCCAUUAUCGAGCUGAUGGCGAUGAACAAGAUGAAUGUUUUCCAUUGGCAUAUGGUGGACGGGGAGGCUUUUCCUUAUGCGUCUGAGGUUUAUCCAGAAUUCACCAAAGGAGCAUAUGACGAGAAUCACAUUUACAGGAUCUCCGAUAUCAAGGAAAUCAUCGAUUUUGCACGUCUUCGAGGUGUCCGGGUAAUGCCCGAAAUCGAUACCCCAGGCCAUGUGGCGUCAUGGGGUUUUGGGAUGGAAUUUAUGACGUCGAAAUGUUUUGACAAAAAAGGAGUGGAAAUGGGGAAGAGAGACCGAGGGAUGCUCGACGUCUCGAAUAAGAAAAUGUGGGAUGCGCUGAUUGCGCUUUUUAAGGAGUUAAUGACCGUAUACCCAGAUCAAUAUUUCCAUCUCGGUGGUGAUGAGACCACAUUUUGGAUGGAUACCUGCUGGGAGAACAACGCGAAAAUCAAGGAGUUCAUGGGCUACUGGGGCCUCAAUUCCACCACGCAACUCGAACAAUGGUAUUUUGAUCAGCUGUUCAUGCACCUUGGGCUGCGGGAUAUGCCAAAGAAGAAGUUUAUCGUUUGGCAGGAGGUUGUCGAUAUGGGCAUCAAGUUACCUGACGGAAUUAUCGCUCAUAUUUGGACCGGAAACCGCUCCGAACAGCUUGCUGACGUCACGAAAAAGGGGCAUAUGGCGCUGCUUUCGGAGUGUUGG